AUGUGUUGCACGGCGCAAUACGACACAGUAUUACUAGUGCUGUCGCUUGUGCUGCUGCUGCUGCUGCUGCUGCUGCUGCUGCUGCUGCUGCUGCUGCUGCUGCUGCUGCUGCUGCUGCUGCUGCUGCUGCUGCUGCUGCUGCUGCGGAUGCUACCGCUGCUGCUGCCGCUGCUGCUGCUCCAACCACGCCCCCCCCAUACCCCCCUUGCCAAAGCCACCUACACGGACUACAGCAUGGUGUCACACCGCACCGACGCCAGCGGUAUGCCUCCCCCCCUGGUGGGCCGCUCCCUGUGGCUGCUGGGUGAGGACAACGUCGCGAGGGUGUGGGUGUACGACCUGGUGACGGCCAAGGGCUUUGACUAUUUCAUGUUCUUCCUGAUCAUGGUCAACUGCGUGUCCAUGGCCUAUGAGUACCCGGGGAUGGACCACGACUCGGUGGGCUACAAGAUCAUCUACUGGAGUGACGUGUUCUUCACAGUUGCAUUUGGCUUGGAGGCCGUGCUCAAGAUCAUGGCCUUCACUUUCAAAGGCUACUUUGCAAACACCACCAACAAGGUGGACCUGCUAAUUGUGGUGACCAGCGUGGCGCUGCUGGUGUUUGAGUCUGCCCAGAUUGAGGCCAUCAAGGCCCUGAGGGUGCUGAGGGCAGCCAAGCCGCUGCGCGCUCUCACCCGCAGCGCUGGCAUGCGGCUGGUCUUCAAGUCUGUGACGAUGUCACUGGCGGCCAUGGCCAACGUGUCCUUGGUGGUGAUGCUGUUCUUUGUGAUCUUCGCCAUCCUCGGGGUGCAGGAGGAACCACGGGUGUGGUCUAAUGCCUCGUUCAACUUUGAUCACCUGGGCAAUGCUCUGGUGUCUCUGUUUGUGGUGGCAACGCUCAACGGAUACGCCGAGAUCAUGAACUCAGCCAUGGCCGCCCCUCCAGAGAAGCACCUGCAGCCCCAGCCCAUGGGCAACUGGAGCGCCUUCUUCUUCUUUGUGGCCUUUGUGAUCGUCGUCUCGUACACACUCCUAAAUCUAUACAUCGGUGUUGUGUUCUUUCAGUUCAGCCGUAUCCGCCAACAGUCCCAGAAUGGCAGUGCCUUCCUCACCAACGAGCAGCAGGAGUGGGCUGAGCUGAGCAAGAUGGUGUUCCGCCUGAAGCCGCCAGACAAGUGCCCUGUCCCCAAAGACAAGGCCCGCAAGUCGCUGUACUACCUGAUCCAGUCGCCCUGGUUUGAGGCUGCAGUGAUGUCCCUCAUCAUUGCCAACGCACUGCUGAUGGCCACAACAUACUAUGACAUGCCACCUAACAUGGUCCACACCAUGGAGUACAUCAAUUAUGGAUUUACAUGCAUCUUCAUAUCAGAGGCGAUACUCAAGGUCAUUGGCCUGGGCUGGGUCAACUACUGGAAGGUUGGGUGGAACCGCUUCGACCUGCUGCUGGUGACCUCCAGCCUGGCAGACAUGCUGGUGUCAAUUGUAGGAGGAGCCCAGAUCAAAGCUCUCAAGAUCCAAAAAGUCAUGCGGCUACUCAGGCUGGCUCGCGUUGUCAAGCUGAUGCGGGGCAUGAAGGGUGUGCGGUCCCUGUUUGGCACUCUGAUUGUGUCGAUGCCAGCUUUCUGGAAUGUGGGCGCUCUGCUGGGUCUGCUGUUCUACAUAUAUGCCUACAUAGGCACGCUGACACUGGGAAGUGUCAACUACAAUGCAGGCAUCAAUGAGCACGGCAACUUUCACCGCUUCUGGAUGUCGCUGCUCACGCUGCUCAGGUUGGCCACCAAUGACGACUGGACCAACCUCUUUGUGGCCUGUCUGAUCAAGCCCCCAGACUGCGACCCCAAUCUGGGCGAGUGCGGUCAUCCUUGGGUAGCCAUUCCCUUCUUCUUGACGUUCGUGCUGCUGGUCAGCAUUGUGAUGCUCAACCUCUUCACUGCCGUCAUCAUUGAGAAUUUUGAGAAGCAGCAGGAGCAAGAAGCGUGGCGCCUCAACCCGUCGUCACUUGAAGACUUUGUGAACCUGUGGUCAGAGUACGACGACGGCUCCGGCAGCAUUGACCCGCAAAACCUGGAGGCCCUGCUGCUCAGGCUGCAACCUCCCCUGGGCCUAGGCCCCGGUGCGGAAGGCAAGGACGUGCUGCGGUUUGUCUUCGACCUGGACAUCCCUCUGGUGCAGGGCAGGGUGCCCUUCCACAGGACUGUCUUUGAGCUGGUGAAGCGCUGCAGCGGCACCCAGAUUCCAGAGGGCCUGCUGAAGGACCAGAUUGACCGCCUGGUGGCAAAGCACUUCAAAAAUAUGCGCAGUGACGAGGUCCUCAACUUCAGUGUCGCCGUCACCGUCAUGCGCGUGCAGCGCAAGUGGCGUGCCCGCAUGCGCGCAGCCAAGCUCAAACGCAAGAAGGAGACGCGCGCUGAGCGUGCGAUCGUGCCACCCUACGCUGAUGUGGUGGCAGCUCGUGAUGUCAUCCUGCGCCAGGCUAUUGAGGCACGCCAGGACGGUAACCGGCGCUGGCGACCCACGGCGGCACAUGCGCGGCUAUGGGAUGAUGUCCACGCGGCGGUGGAGGAAGAGCGCGCAGCCGAGGAGGCUGCGGCAGCUGAGGCAGCUGCAGCCGCCGCACUUGCCGCAGCAGCCGCCGCAGCAGCUGCCAGCAGCGAAGCGGGAGGCGGCGGAGGAGGCCGACGCCGGCUGCUUGGCGGCCGGGUUGGGCACAUGAGCAUCAGGUAUAAGGGCGAUGCGGCGGGCUUGGACGACGGGGACGAGGCGGAGGGGGGCACAGUGGGGACGAGACCGCGCUCAGCUCGCUCGGCUGCGGGCUCAGUGAUGGGCGCAGCGUUCCGCCGCAUAGCGCACAUGUUUGGCACCAGCAGCGGCAGCAGCAUUGCUCCCGCGCCUUAA